AUGACCAAAUCGACCUACGACAUCCUCUGCAACUACGGGUUCCAACCUCCUCCACUACCACCACAGGUUCCCGACGAACUCCAACGAGCCGUCUUGAAGAUGAUGACUAUGGGGAACCAGAGGGAGCCCGAUGCCGUGAUGUUCCUUAUCAAUGAGGUUGAGGAGGAGAACCGCGAAAGGGCAAGAGAUGUGAGUCGAGAACUAUGUCAACUACAAGACGUCGUUCUUACCAAGUUGCGGGACAGGCAGGAAUGGCUGAAGGAAUUCCUGGCUGAAGAGGAGAUCUUGGCCGAAGAACUACAGGUUGUCGGGGAAACGAUCAACGAGGAGAUCGAGGGCAUCAAUGGUGCAGUUCGGGAUCUACUUCAGGAUGUAGAGGAGAAGAUCAAGCUCACCGAGGAGAAGUGCCACUCCCUCUACCUCAAGGUCGCCAAUGUUACGGACGAGACCAAUAUCGGUGAUAUUGAAGAGCACCUAGCGAAUUUGAAGAAGGAUCUGGACGUGACAUUGGACGUUCCGUUGGACCAAGUGAAGGCGCGGAUAGUUAUCUGUGGCAACAUGGCCAGCCAGAAGCAUGAUCCCAAUGACCUUUUUGCCGCUGGUGCAAGCGUUGAAGGGCUACGUUUGGGCUUAGCGUUGGCAUCGGCAAGGCUGUGGAUAGCAGCGGCUACGGAUGUGAGCGCGGCGUUCCUACUGGCUUUGUGGCCGGAAGGGAGACCAACCUAUGGGGUGCUCCCACCCAAGGUUUUGGUCCAAUCAGGGCUGGUGUCGGCGAAUAUCGUGUUCAUCGUGAAGAGAGCAUUGUACGGGCUCCGAGAGAGCCCGGCUUUGUGGUCGGCUCAUCGCACAAGCGUCUUGAAGAAGAUCAAGGUGAAGUGUGGCAAUGGUUUCAUGUGGCUGAAGCAGCUGGCCACAGAUGGCGAGCUGUGGAUGGUGCUGUGGACCCCCGACGGUGGCAUCCCACAGCUGGUGGGUCUACUGGUCACCUACGUUGAUGAUCUGUUGUAUUUGGCCAACAAGGAUACAAUUCUUCGACUACACGAGGUAAUCGCUACUACAUGGCCCUGCUCGCCUUUGGAGUUCUCAACGGAGGGCUUGCGCUACCUUGGUAUGGAAUUGUUCCAGGAGGAGGCUGUCAUUACCCUAGGCCAAGAGGCCUAUGUCUCCAACCUGGUCCGGCUGCACAACUUGGACUCUGAGGUGUCAUCUGGUUUGCCAUGCCCCCGUGAGUGGAUCCAAGAUGAUGAUGACAAUGGGGAGAAC